GAGUUUCCUAUCUUCACACUUUUGUCCUCAAAGGAAUACAUUUCUUGCAAUAAUCGCUACUUCCCACAUAAAUGCAAAAUUCCUCCUUGUACAUUUACACAUUCUUCACUUGAAAACUCAGACAAUGGAUAAUUGUCUUUCUUCAUGUUGUUGUGUAGAUAAUCUCUUCAAGAGAAAGCAAUUCCGAUCCCGUCCCAUUGACACCACAUUCAAGCUUCCUGUUGCUCCAAAUGCUUGGCCACCAGGUAGUGGUUUUGCAAAUGGAAUCAUUGAUCUAGGUGGACUUCAAGUGUCACAAGUAUCAACAUUUAACAAAGUUUGGGCCACCUAUGAUGGUGGACCAGAUAAUCAAGGUGCCACAAUAUUUGAACCAACAGGUAUACCUCAAGGAUUCUCUAUGUUGGGUUGCUACAGCCAACCUAACAACAAACCUCUUUUUGGAUAUGUUCUUGUGGCAAAGGAUGUUUCUUCAAGUACUACUAAUAGCACUUUAAAGAAACCAAUUGAUUAUACACUUGUAUUGAACACAUCAACUAUUAAGGUUAAUCAAGAUACCACAUGUUAUAUUUGGUUACCAAUAGCACCUGAUGGUUACAAAGCUUUAGGCCAUGUUGUCACCGCAACACAAGAUAAACCUUCCCUUGACAAAAUCAUGUGUGUCAGAUCAGACCUCACAGACCAAUGCGAGUCUUCUUCGUGGAUCUGGGGAUCAAACGACUUCAAUUUUUAUGAUGUUAGACCGAUCAAUAGAGGAACUCAAGCUCCCGGUGUUCACGUUGGCGCCUUUGUUGCACAAAAUGGUGGGACUAAUAUCCCUCCAUCUAUUUCAUGUUUGAAAAAUCUCAAUUCAAUUUCCAAAAUCAUGCCAAAUCUAGUACAAAUUGAUGCAAUACUCAAAGUUUACUCUCCAUUGAUGUACUUACAUCCUGAUGAAGAAUACUUACCUUCCUCGGUUAAUUGGUUUUUCUCCAAUGGAGCAUUACUAUACAAAAAAGGUGAAGAGUCAAAUCCUGUUCCAAUAGCACAAAAUGGUAUUAACCUUCCUCAGGAUCCUAACAAUGAUGGUAUCUAUUGGCUUGACCUACCAUCUGAUGAUGCAAACAAAGAGAGGGUAAAAAAAGGAAAUUUACAAAGUGCAGAAUCUUAUGUACAUGUGAAACCAAUGCUUGGAGGAACCUUCACAGAUAUUGCCAUGUGGAUUUUUUACCCUUUUAAUGGACCAGGAAGAGCAAAAGUGAAGUUUAUAAAUGUUAAAUUAGGGAAAAUAGGUGAACAUAUUGGUGAUUGGGAGCAUGUGACAUUAAGGGUAAGUAAUUUGGAUGGUAAAUUAUGGCAUUUAUAUUUCUCACAACAUAGUAAAGGUGAAUGGAUUGAUUCUUCUCAGCUUGAGUUUCAAUCAAAUAGACCUGUUUUUUAUUCUUCAUUGCAUGGUCAUGCAUCAUAUCCACAUGAAGGACUAGUUCUUCAAGGGAAAAAUGGAAUAGGUAUUAGAAAUGAUAGUGCUAAGAGUGAAAUGAUUUUGGAUUUGACAAAAUUUGUAUUGAUUUCUGCUGAUUAUUUAGGGUCUUUUGUUAUAGAGCCACCUUGGUUGCACUAUUUUAGGAAAUGGGGUCCAAAAAUUGAUUAUAAUAUAGAUGAGGAGUUGAGGAAAGUGGAGAAGAUAUUGCCAGGGAAACUAAAAGAUAUUUUUGAAAAUAUUAUUAGGAGUUUACCAGAAGAAGUGCUGGGAGAGGAAGGACCCACAGGUCCAAAGCUGAAGAAUAAUUGGAGUGGAGAUGAAGUUUGAAUAUAUUAUACUCCUAGUUACAAUCAUACAAUACAAUAUAUUUAGAUUAAUGUUAUUGGUGAAAUAAAUCAUGUUAGAGAGAUUACAGUUUGACUUUGAUUGGAAAAGGUAUAAAGCAAAUCAAAUGAAAAAAGCAGUAGUUCCAAACUAGUUAUUGAGAAAAACCCAAAUCCUAUAUUAAAAAGAGA